AUGAGUAUACUCAGCUGGAACUGUCGUGGGCUGGGCAACCCACGCACAGUUAGGGUUCUCAUGGAUUUGGUUCAAGUCCAUAAGCCCGUUUUAGUUUUCCUGAUGGAAACUAUGAUCAACGAAGCUAAAGUUUACAAAGUUUGUCAAAAGAUAGGGUUUGAGGGUUCGUGUAUAGUGAGUGGGUCGGGUCAUGGAGGCGGGUUAGCUCUUUUCUGGAAACACAAAAAUUGGGUCACUAUUCUUGAUUCAAAUAGGAAUUUCAUCGAUGCUAGCAUUGAAAUCCCUCUCUUACCUCCUUGGAGAUUCACCGGGUUCUAUGGCUUCCCGGAACGCAACCGCCGUCAAGCGUCUUGGGACCUCCUUCGCUCGCUUCACAGACCGAUGACAAUUCCAUGGUGUUGUGGAGGAGACUUCAACGACAUUCUUCGGUCUAAUGAGAAGAAAGGAGGUGCCUUUCAACCAAGUUGGCUUCUUGAUGGGUUCAAUUCAGCGGUUUCAGACUGCAACUUGACAGAUAUUGACAUGGAGGGUCACCUUUUCACCUGGGAAAGAGGUCGAGGAACAAAUCAUUGGAUUAAGGAACGGCUAGACAGGUUUCUGGUUAAUCCUCAAUGGCAACUUGCUUUUAGUCAGUCUCACCUGAAGAAUGUAGCUACUACUGUUUCAGACCACUCUGCGUUAAUUUUGAAGCUCAAAAUUUGGCAAAAGACCCAACACCCCAGACGUUUUCGGUUUGAGAACUCGUGGUUAAGAGAGAAUGAUUGCUCUGAAGUUGUCAAUAAGUCCUGGCAUGAAGUUACCACCGGCAGCAUCUCAGUCCGUAUUUAA